AUGGCACGUGCACUCACGGCGUACACCGUCGUGCUGGGGCUGUUUGAGCUUCCCACAAUCCUCAUGCUUCUCUGCGGCGGCGGCGGCGGCCUUGCCGAGGUGACGCCGUGGUUCGAUAGCGCUGCCCCCUUCGAGCGGCACUCGUACGCCUGCAUGUACGCGGGCGUACUCGCCCUGCUGGCCACCUCCCGCUUCCUCGCGGCGUACCUGCCGCGGCAUCGACUCAUUCAGGUGCACAACGCGCUGGUGCAUGCCCUGGAGCUGGGCCUUUUUCUGCUCCUCUGGUCGCUGCGGCGGAGCCCCGCCUCCGCCGUCUGCUACGCGCUUGCGGCGGUUAUGGCGGCGAACUGCGUCCUCUUCGGCAUGCAGGCGUUCAAGGCACUCACCCCUGCCAACGUCGUCAGUUUGCGUGAGAAGAAGAACAACUAA